AUGUUUGCAUUGCUAGUGAAUCAUUUAAGAUGUGAAUCUCCAAAAAUAGGUUUCAUGACAACAGCACAACUUACAAAUAUAUAUUCAGAUGCACAUUUAAGCAUGACAACAGAAAAUACAGGUUUAGCAAAUGAAAUUCCAAAAAUAUAUUCUUCUCUUCCAACGUAUGAAGAUGGAUGGCUUUGGAUAAUUGAGCCUCCAAUCGAAAAUAUUUCAAAAGGACAAGACGUCGUUAAAUGCAAUGAAUCUAUUGCUCUCGUUAAUUCUAUAACACAUAACUUUGUUUCAAUUAAGCUCAACAAAGAAGUAGUUCCUACAGUAGGGAAUAUGGGCGCAAGCAGCAAAUGGAAAUUAAUUUGUGAUAAUUCUGACGUCUUAAAGCAAGAUCUCGAGUUUCAACUCUACAACGAACAACAUAAAUGCUAUCUUACAUCAAAUUUCAGCUUACUUUCCGAUACAGAACCAAAUAAAUUUAAAAUCACAUGCAAAGAACAAAAUAAAUAUAGUAUCUGGGCAAUUAAGGAAGGCGUUUUCUUCUUAGAACCAAAGCCCGUCCAAAAACAAGAAAAUGAAUAUGAUGAUGACGAAUUAUAG